UGACGCCUCUGGCUUGACUUUUCACCACCAGAGCUGCCCCACAAAGCUGCCUGCUUUCCAGAUGGGCUCCGCCUUGGCCAGUCCUGAGGCCUGAGACUCCCUCCUGGCAUAUCUGCACAGUGCUGCCUGGCUCUUCUCCUUCUUCAGACCCUUCUUUGCCAUAUUGCCCUUGGCUUAACCCUCUUGGCCCGCUUCCUGACAUGAAAUGGAUGCUGCAUUUGCUCACAAACUUCUCUUGCCAUUUCUGUCUCCCCUCCACGCAUAGAGAGAACUGCCGAGUUAAACCGAGGGUGCUGCAGAGUUAAAUAAUAAUUCUCCUACUUGCCCUGUGUGGAACAUAUAGAUCAACUUCCAACCUUAGUCCCAUUACAUUGAGCCAUAUAUCUAUCUAUCUAGGUAUAGAUAUAUUUGCUUUUCUUUACACCUUGGCUGUUGUUAUUCCAGAGAGCUCUCUCUGUCCUACUUCUUUGCUCCAGUUUUCAUAGAAACCAGCAGACACAGUCAAGUGUAGCAUCAUUGUGCGUGGAAAACGUUCUUAACAUCUGCAAGCUUUAAAUAUUAAGCAGAAAUAGGCAACUCUGUCCUCAGUAGGUUAAAAAAAGGAGAGCUGUCAGCCAGACUCUCAGAGGAAGCUCUCCUGUUUCUUCACAUCUGGGCAGAAGCUGUAACUGCUUGGCAGCAGGGCUUGGGACGAAUUAUGUUUUUGAAGACUACAAACUCCCAGAAUCCAGAUUCUGAGAGUUUGCAACCCAAAAAGUAACUUCUCCAGGCGCUGCUUAUUUGGGGAGUGGAAUGAACGCCACAUGCCUUCAGAGGUGCCUUUCUUUUGCUUCGUUCUUUUUGCCUGUUGCUUUAAAGAAGGGGCAUGGCCACAAUGGAGGAGUAUCCUGUGGAGGUGAAGCUGGGCCUCCAUGGGCCCCAGGAGGCCAGUGGCUACCAGAGAUUUGUGUCCCCGACUUCCAAAGCAAAACCAGCAUCACCGCCUCCUGACUCUCUCAUCUCACAUUGAUUUUACACCAGCCAAAUGAGAAGAAACCCAGACAAGGACACCCUUCUGUUGCAAACGAUGCUCUCUCUCCCCCUUUGCCCCCUUCUCUUCCUCCUCCAAAGGAGCGCCUUGAAAUGAAUGAGUUUGUUGACUCUCCGUCCGUCCUCCCAACGUCUUUGCACAGCAAUGACCCUGGGAGUCAUUUGCUUUUGGGCUUCUCUUGUUUCCAUGGCUACCGUCUCAGGGUUGGCUACUUUCCCAAGGUCACCAUGGCAACUAUCAGAAGGGAAUCAUGCUUGGGAUGCUUUGGCUGGUUGCAAUUUCUGAGCAGUUCUGUCCAGGAGACGGUGCCCAGGUUAUGACGACUAAUCCAAAGCCGAACAAAGCAUUAAAGGUCAAGGAGGAGUCAGGAGAGAACGCCCCCGUGCUCAGCGACGAUGAACUCGUGUCCAUGUCUGUGCGGGAGUUGAACCAGCACUUGAGGGGUUUGACGAAAGAGGAGGUCAUCCGCCUGAAGCAGCGACGGCGCACGCUCAAGAACCGGGGCUACGCCGCCAGCUGUCGUAUCAAGCGUGUGACUCAGAAGGAAGAGCUGGAGAGGCAACGGGUUGAGCUGCAACAGGAGGUGGAGAAACUCGCCCGGGAGAACAGCAGCAUGAAGCUAGAGCUUGAUGCCCUCCGCUCCAAGUAUGAAGCACUGCAGACCUUUGCCCGCACGGUUGCCCGGGGGCCUAUCACCCCAACCAAAGUUGCCACCACCAGCGUCAUCACCAUUGUGAAGUCGGCAGAAAUCUCUUCCAGUUCGGUGCCAUUUUCAGCAGCGUCCUAGUGUCCAGGGUGGGGAGAACUUGCAAGCCUUUGGGAAAGAGAGGGUGAGAUCCUGCCUGCCACUUCAUAGCCUGCCUUCCGGAUUAGCAGCCGGUCUUUUCUAGAGCCACAAAGUGGACUUUUCAAAGGGAAAACUAAACUGGCUGCUCUGCUGUUCACCUCAAGUUUUUGUGAGCCUCUUGCGGCUGAAAUUGGAAUUGCAUACCUAGUAUGACAGGUUGCAGGAAGGGUCUUGCUCAGCUACUCCUCAGAGCCUCCUAGGCAGCUCCCCAGUUGAGAGAAGACACCUCUGGAAUGCUUUGGAAUGAAACAGGGCCACCCAGAAAUAGAUAACUUGGCAGAAUCAUCAGGUGCAGUGAAUGGAUGGAUGGAUGAAAAACAGCAUCCUCCUCCCUUCAGGAAAAUAAAUGAGUAUUGUCGCAUCAUGGGUAUCAUUGUAACUACCAAAGGGUGGUUGAUAAAAGGUUUGUUUCUGAAGCACCUUGUAUUGAGGGUUCAUCAGAAUGUUCAAAGUUAGAGGCCUGGUUCUCCACUUAUGAAAAGCCCUUGUGGGUGACAAGGGUUACAAGCCGAUGGGACUGUUCUCUCUCUCUGACCACCUUUGCCAUCUGACCUAGCAAAGUGGAACAUCUACAAUGCAAACAUCAUCCAUUAGUUGCUUCACUAUGUUGUACUUGUGAAUUGGGUAUCUAUUCUUAUUGUAGUCUUGUUUCUUCCAACAAUAUACUCCCAUAACAGCACCUUUUAAAAUCCAGGUUCUACAAUGCUGCAGAGAAGUUAAAAAGGGAAACGAUUAAGAAGCGUAUGGGAAGUGUUUAAUGGGCCUGAGUAGGAGGAGAAGUAUUAGGAGAGGAAUUGUCAUAGUUGAUGUCAGUGCUGCGAGAAGGUGUUUUCUAACAAGGCAUGCUAAAGAUCCCGCAAAGCAUAGUCAUGCUGAAAGCAGAACGUUGCAGUGAGCUACAGAUACAAAUGAGAGUUUGACUCAUAGCCUUGUUUGUAAUCUUUCUGGCUCCAUGAUAGCUCACUCUUCAACACAAAUAGAUGGUGAAGUUGAAUGAGCAGUGAAACAGAAAGCAUUCUCAUUCAACAGAUGUGGUGUCUGGGCCUCAGAAGUGGGGAAAUGAGUUCCAGGAGAUACUCCUAGUAAAAAGCUGGCAUUUCUCGAGGCAGUACAAGUUGGGUUGCAAAUGUGUUUCGUGGUUCUGAGAAAAUGAAUCGGAGCUGAUCAGCAGCAUGGGAAAAGGUGGCAUUUGGAGGACAAGUUGGAUAGACUAGGCUGUGAAUCAGGGACGUAGCUAGGAUUUUGGGAAGGGGAGGGUCCAGACUAAGUGCCACCAUUAUAAUGGGGCUUGGGUGUUGCGGCGCAGCAGCAUGCACCAUUCAUUUUAUCUAACAGAAGGGGGGGGUCUGGACCCCAAGAACUCCGCCCUUGGCUACGUCCCUGUGUGAAUCUACAUACUGGAGAAAGGAUGGAUGUCCAUGGGUCUUGAGUUUGCCUGGGCCAGGUAAGGGUGUUUUUGUGGAGGAGAGAGAAAGCAAAUUUGGGGGGGGGGCAUAUUGGGGAUGGAGAGAAGUGGCCAAAGAGAGUUUGUCAGUCGAAGUUCCUGGCAGGAGAUCUGUUCCAGUAAGUGGAGGAAGGAGGAAAAAACAAAGGUUUAAUUUGAUUAAAUUGAAAAAAGAUGAUGGAAAAGGAGGAUGUUGUGUGAGUUGAUUUAGGAUGGAUCUGCCUGUUGAGGCAAAAGAAGGAUUUUGUUUUUCAGCUCUUAGAAAAGUUACUUUUUGGAUUAUGAUUCCCAGAAUCCCCCCACCAGUGUGGCUACUGUAAUCUCAGUGAGUAAUUUUUUUCAUGUUUUGCUCUUUUGUAAUCUUUAUUCUUCAGCACUGUAUUGUCUAAAGUAUAAUCCUUGAGGUUCGCAGAUAAAAGAGGAGAACUCUGUGACUUGGAGUAAAAACCAGUCAGACAAAGCACUGUGGGACACCCCUUCUGAGGGGUUGGAUUGAGAAUAUUUUGAAUGCUUCCCCACAUAGGACACUGUGUCUCUUCUUCCACACACAUGUUUCAAAUAAGCAUGUUAGAAAAAAGGCCAACUUAGAAGGUGAGGAGUAUUUUAUAUGGGAGAGCAUUCAGAUACCCAGCUCCCAACUUGCAGCAUGUAAUGGUGUGUCUCUCUUCCACAAGUAUUCUAGUCUGGAUAAUUUGAAAGAACAACUGCACCAAUAUAAAUUGCAUUUGGGAAGAGGGAAGCACUGAAGGUCUCAAAAGUUGCUCCCAUGAAAUGCUCUCCUAUGAGUGACUUGAGGCUGAACUAACAGUGUUGCGGCUUUCAUAUCCCAAAUGCUGGUUGCUGUGGCAGGUCAGUAUUUUCCUUGGGAUGAUUUAAAACUGGGUACAGUUCCAAGUACUGUAGAUGGCAUUGGUAGGAGCCAUUCAGAAGCAGUAAUCUGUUUGAGACAGUGUUAUCUGACUAUCAUUGAUGAUGAUGGAUUAGUGAAAUUAGUAAUGGUGAUGGAUGGAUGGUUGUACACAGUACAACUUCUACCAGCGUAGCUACCUGUGCAUCUCUUGCUUAUUCAUCCCAGGGUAUUGUUUGAUGGUUUAUCACCAAGUCACAAUUUUAGAGAGGUAUUGCCUUUCUCCCCAGGCCUUGUAUAAUUUCUGAAACGCAACUUAAUGUUCUCUGUUUACCUAUGCUGCUUUUGACUCCCUCAGCAAAAGCUGAGGAAGAAAAGGGAUGGGGGAAGAUACUAUAUAUUAUUAAUAUUAGCUCUUAGAUGUAUUUGGGGAAAUCCUGGGACCGCUGCAAGCUUCUUGAGAGAAAAGGGGUUACAACCCUUGCACUGUUGGAGCUUCAAAAAAAAUAAUAAAACCAUAGAAAUGGCCAGUGUGGGUUUAAGGAUGUCUGGAUAUUAAUGUAUAUCUCUUCCCUUCCUUCCAGCUGGUGCCCCAUGACUCUUUCUCAAGCAGAAACCAGUCUCCACCAAACCCUGAAAGCAAAAUAGGGUAGAAUUGUUGUUGGUUUCAUCAUGUUGACAAGAAAAGGCUGGAACAGCCAUGUCAACAUGAAGUCAUCCAGAUGUGUGAAACUGCCAUUCCCAUCACAUGUGAUGGGAGUAAUAGACCCACACAUUUGGAGGGGUCUCAGUUGAAGAAGGCUAGAAUGGAAAUGAAUAUGAAAGCAGAGACAUCUAGGGAAGAAGGAACUGGUCUUCCCACUCAGUCCAGACAUUAUGGGGCCCUCUUCCACAUGUGCCCAGCAGUGAGUUGUUUUCCAAAGGCCUGUAUCCAGUUAGUGUCUAGCUUGUCACCCUGAAGUCACAUUGAUGUGCAAGUCAAGAGUUUUCUUGUCUAUUGUGUUAGUUCUGUGACACUUUCUGUUGAAAUGAGAAAAGAAAGAUAGCAUUUUUGAGGGGCACUUCCUUGCAGAAUUACAGCAUUUUUAAAACAGUUUUAUCCUCCAUCAUUUGUAGUAUGUGGACCAGAGGUGAGGCUAAGUAAUUUAAAAGCAAAGCAGAUGGGAGACACUCUGACAACUGUAAUUGCAUUAAAUUGCUGCUUCUGGCUGUUAGAGAUUGAGUUUCACCCCUGGAGUUUGUAUACACAGAUCCUGUUUUACCUUUUGGCAGCUGUAUCGUGCUGUCUUUACUGCUGGGUAGUUGUUCAAAGCCAACUUCUGAGGCUCUCUGCCUUCUUUCCCUUACCACACUUACCUUCUUUCCCAGUGGCUGUCAAUGGUGCAGCCUCCAUGUUCCUUUACACUGCCAUACAUAUCUGGAUGGAUGUGGUAAGAAGACAUAGAGAUCAAUGGAAGUUGCCAUUGUUAGUGAGGCUGCUUGGGGCAGAAAGCUGUAGGGUAGGUUUGUGCCACAAUUUGGCCAAUGCUGUGGUAGGAUGAAUGAGGGUUAGAACAAUCCUUGAGAGUUAACUAGACCUAGUCUCUGCAGUUAACUUGAGAACCGAGAGUAGCUUCUGUUGGGUAAAGGAUAGUCCCCUCUUCCCUCCACAGCAAAGAAAUGGGAACGUGUGC